AUGGCUAGAGAAUUCAUCUCUCCCAACCAUGCAUUCUCUCUUGCAGAUGAUCUCCUAGCUGAGAGUGCAGACCACUUCACGCAUAUUGACUACAUCCAUUAUGGCACUGUCCACAGUCCUGGUGACCCCCAGGAGCCCAUUCGAAAGAGAAGGUUGACAGGGGCGUCUGCAUCAUCCUCAAACCAACCCAAAUCCUCCUCAGCUGAUGUCUCAGGCAUUUCUGAGGCCACCGCAACCAGCAUCCAUACCUUAUUAGAUGCUUACCUGCGGGAAAACUUGGGGCCACUACUCUGUGAUGCCAUUACUAAGGAUGUCUUGCCCUCCAUCCUCCAUGCCCUGCAGAGCUCCAGGAUGACUCCUGCGAUGGAACCUGCUAUAGGACGUGUUCCAAUUCAGUCAGAAGACACUGCCUCAGAUGACGCUCAGCAUCCCAUCAGACUUAACGCCCAACCCUGGUCCUCUCACCGUCUCAUUAUCCCUGCUGCUGCUGAUCCUGCCAGCCAAACAACUGGAAUGCCCACUCUAUUCUCAUCCUCAUCAUCUUUGCCCCUUCCCUCUAUCUUGUCCUCCUCCUCCUCUAUUCCUGCUGCUCAUUCUAUGGCUCUGGUCUGUCAGAAACGGCCUCUCAUUCCAGAAUCAUUGAGCCAGUCAAAUGGUAGAGAUGGUCCUGUUCAGCCCCCAAAAUGCAUGAGGCUGGCUACCUCUUACCUUGAAGCAGCAGGCUCACGCCAUGAAGAAGAAAAGUCUCUGGUGGCAGCUUCCUCUUUGCAAACAGAGGAUCUACUGAUGAACAAUGACAAUGACCUCCAUUCAUUCAGUGAGGAGGCUUGCUCCUCUCAUUCUGACGAACUCAUCAUCAUGAAUGAACAUGAAGAGACAGGAAUUUUAGCUAAUUUCUCUCAAGAAGAGGACAUAUAG